AUGGCCAUUUGUUUGCGCACAUUUUCACAUAAGAUUUUGCCUAUAAAUGGCAUCGUAACAUCAACGAAACAUUCAAACCGUCUAACCCGAAAAAUACCCGAGCGAACACAAUUUCUAGAAGAUUUCCUCAGUAGCAGACGCAUAUCUAGUUGUCAACUGGCACCGAAAUAUUCUUCGGAAAGCUACAUCGAUGAUAUUCAUGUCCAAGAGGUUACAGUUGUCAAUAGUUACCUAACUCGAAACUCGAACGAAAAGUCAAAACUAACCUUCAUAGACAAUACAGAUGGAAGGAAAAAUAAUGAUAAUAUAGAAAAUUAUUUCAACUACUACUCUGAUGGUAUGAAGACAUUGGGUCUCACCAGUGACGAUUAUGUUGAACAGAGAACACUGUACAACUUAAAUGAGCGGCCCUCCAUUAGCAUGAAUGAUGUUGAUUUUUCAAAAUAUCAUGGGGAUAUAGAGCCAACAUGCUUAUCGGACUUUGAGAGGGAUGCCAUUGCGUUCUGUAGUGGGCCGACAGUAGCAUCUCAGGCGACACCCCCUACAGAAGAGAAAACUAUUGAUGGAAAGCCUAGUGAGGAACAGUUGAUGAAAGUCUUUCAUUCACUUUCUAAGACUAUGCCACAACUGUUUGUGAAGCCGCUGGACUACUCUAUCUAUCAUCCAAAUCUUGUUUUCGUCAAUAAUAUCAGAGGGGUGACUACAGUAGGUUUAUUUCACUAUGUGAAACAAGUGGCGCUCCUCCGAACAGUAGCUCACAUAAAAUUUGCAUAUGUUAAUUUUGAAGUAUUAAAAAUUACAGCACACCCAGAAGAUUCUUCAGUACGUAUGAGAUGGAGAAUCAAGGGAAUAUCUGGUCUUAAAGUAUUCUUUAUGUUCUGGAAAUACAAGUUGUGGAACCUUAAAGAGGUUUUUCAAGAUCAAGAAAUGUGGUAUGAUGGAUUUUCAACCUUCUAUGUUGGUACAGACGGACUUAUCCAGAAGCAUGUGAUGCCGGACCAGGACAGGAUAAUAGAUGAUGAGGAGAAGGCUCCAAUUGCGGCUAAAAUUGCUCUUCUCAUUGGUCUUAUUCCUAGAAAUUACUUAUCAGAUUUGACACCAUUUUUAUCUUCAUCUGACUCAAAUGAAUGCACACCAUUUUAUAAAGUACUAGAAUGA